GUCUCCCUCAUAGAGUUGGGGAAAGGCUGGGCUGACACUACUUUAGCACAUAGAGCGUGCUUGGCACAUAGCAAGCGUGAUAUGCAUGUUAGCUCUUACUCUUACUCACGGCUGUACCCCAACACCCAGCACAGGCCCCAGCCCGUGUUUAAUACUCACAAGCAUUUGUUAGAUGAACGAAUGGAUGUGUGUAGAGAUAGAGGGAUGAAGAAACGGCAUGAGAACCUAGAGGAGGGCCCCAACCCAGGCCCUUCAUUGGCCAUUUUGAGGACAGUCUCGGUGUAUGAACUGUGCCCCAACCCCAGGCUGUGGUGGCCCCCAGUCUGAGAUCAGGGCAAGGCAAGCAAGGGAAAGGAAGCCACCACUUGUCGAGGGCCCCCAGUGGAUAGGCCUGGAGUUAACCGGGCAACCGUCUCAUGCUGAGACUGCCGUGCCCAUUCUAGAGAGAAGGGGACAGAGGCCCAACACCACCCAGCCAGUCGGGGCUAGAGGUGGAGUCCCACUUCAGGUCUUCUGACUCCUGUGCCCUCCCUCAUCAGCCUGGGCUCCUGUGUCUCCUCCGUUACCCCAGCAAUCCUUCAGUGGGUGACACCACCCGUUUCUGACCCCUCAUGGAGCAAAGACCAAGGAACUGACUGGGGGAGGCCCUCAAUGGGGCGUGGACUCAUGGAGAGUCAAGUUCAGGAAGAACUUGGACUGGAGCAAAGGCUGGGAGCUGGCUAAGAUUGGGGUUGGGGAUGCUGAAGGUGGAGGGGACCAAUCUUGGGGACAGUUGGAGGCACCUCACCAAACUCCUCCACCCACACCCCUUAGCUCCUCACUCAUCUCAUCCGUUGACUUUCUCAUCUGCUGGUCUGUAGACUCCCCACACUCAGACACCCAGCUGGGCUGACCAAUGACAGGAGCUCAGGGUUCAAAUCCCCACCCUGCCACUUCUUAGCUGGGUCACCUUAGGAAGAGUCCAUCACCUCUCUGAACUUCACUUUUCUCAGACAAAAAACCAGAUAAACCUCUGCCACGGAGGUUGCUGAAGGAUUCAGAGAGACAGAGGCUGUAACAGCUCCUGGCCAGCAGCGAGGUGUGGUGCCUCCCAGUUAUUAGUGCCAGCAAUUGAAAAGACUGGUUUGGAAGGAGUUAAGUGGAGACCCUGCCUCCCAGCUGGGAGCGAAUCAGGGCUGGCAGGGGAGGAGCCAAGCUGCUGCUAGGAAAGAGAUCUCCACUGGCCAGAUGCUGCCUGGAGAGGGAGCGGGAGGAGGUGACAGCAGGGCUCAGGGGACUUGGGGCAGGGGCUUAGGGAAGGCGACCUGGCCUCAGCACCGUGACAGCUCCAAGCCAGAGGGUACAGGGCAGCUGCUGGGUUCCGGGAGAGGAGAGGCUGCGCUGCCUGAGCUGGGAGCAGAGUGGAAGAGGACAGGACCCCGAGCCCUCCUGGUCCCCUAGGCGGGGAACACCAGCUGCCCCUAGGGUCUGACCUCAGCUAACCCUGAGGGCCCACAUGGGGCGCAGGGUCUAAUUUUAGCUCCAGCCACAGGGCUCCAGCCCAGGAGUGCCUGCCAGUGGGCACAGGGGUGGCCAGGCAAGGGGAGGAGUGGAAGACCAGCUCUGCUUCCUUCCAGCCUGCCCCCUGGCCACGCUGUCCCCGUGGGAGCCCUGACUAGUCCCCCAUGGCCUGGCAGACAGCCCUCUUCUCAGCUGAGGGCAAGGUCAGGGGGUGCGGCCAGGAGGGCAGAGGGACGUGGCCUUGCAGUCUGGACAGGGGUUGCAUCAGCCUGAGUGGUGCACAGGGGCAGGGGGCCCUGCCGGGAGGGCAAAGGCUAGCUAGGUUGUCCAAAGGCCGAGGAAGCAGAGUCCUAGGCAGGAAGGCAAGUCCAGAAAGCUGGGUCCUACCUGGCCUCCUCGUGCCUGGCCGGUGGCUUGCUGUUUGACCUGAGGCAGGCAGCCUGCUCCUGAUAGGCCUCAGUCUUCCCAUCUGUAUAAUGAGAGCACUGGACUAGAAGGCUGGUCGUGGCUCCAGUCCCCGCCCUCGGGGCUCUGCUCUUCCUGCUUGCUGGCAGAGGCCUCCCAGCUUCCUUCAACCCUGGCUGUGGGUGGCCACAUGCAAUUGUGGAGAAAGAAGUCCCUCUGGCUGGCACUGUCAGCCUCCUGGCUGCUCCUCGUCCUUCUGGGGGGCUUCCCCCUUCUCCGCCCAGCAGUGCCCCCCAGACCUCGGCCAGGAGGCCCCCAAAGAUGGCCCCGCUGGCUGGACGCAGAGCUCCUGCAGAGCUUCUCCCAGCCUGGGGAGCUCCCAGAAGAUGCCCCUCCACCUCCUCAAGCCUCUCAUGGUAGCAGCUGCGACUGGGGGACCUGCUUUGACACCUCGAAGUGCAGGGGUGAUGGCCUCAAGGUAUUCGUGCACCAAGUGGCAGCAGGACCGAUCUCUGAGACUGGUCGCAAGAUCCUGGCUUCUCUGGAGGUCUCCCGCUACCACACAUUCAGCCCUGCCGAGGCCUGCCUCCGCCUCUUCCUCAGCCUGGACUCCCCGGCCGGAGAGUGUAGCCCGGUGCCGACGCCAUGGAAUGGGGGCAGGAACCACCUGGUCCUCAGUCUCCACUCGGCCCCCUGCCCCAGGACCUUCCAGCUGGGACAGGCUAUGGUGGCUGAGGCCAGCCCCACAGUGGACUCCUUCCGGCCUGGCUUCGACGUGGCCCUCCCUCUUCUCCCUGAAGCCCACCCAUGGCGAGGUGGGGCUCCUGGCCAGCUGCGGCAGCACAGCCCCCAGCCCGGGGUAGCCCUGCUAGCCCUGGAGGAAGAGAGGGGUGGGUGGCGCACAGCAGGCACCAACUCCUCUGCCUGCCCCUGGGAUGGGCACUGUAAGCAAGACCCUGGACCCGAGCAGACGCACCCAGGGGAAAUGCUGCCCAACGCCACCUUCUGCCUCAUUUCUGGCCAACGUGUCGAUGCCUCCUCACGCUUCCUCCAAGCCCUGCAGGCUGGCUGCAUCCCUGUGCUUCUCAGCCCCCGCUGGGAGCUGCCCUUCUCUGAGGUCAUCGACUGGACCAAGGCAGCCAUCGUAGCUGACAAGAGGGUCCCACUUCAGGUCCUGGCUGCUCUCCAGGAGAUGCCCCCUGCACGGGUCCUUGCCCUGCGUCAGCAGACCCAGUUUCUGUGGGACGCCUACUUCUCCUCGGUGGAGAAGGUCAUCCACACCACGCUGGAGAUUAUUCAGGACCGGAUCUUUGGCACAUCUGCUCACCCCUCGCUGCUGUGGAACAGCCCCCCAGGGGCACUCCUGGCCCUGCCUACUUUUUCCACGAUCCCCCAGAACUUCCCCUUCUACCACCUGCAACGGGGCUCCCGGCCUGAGGGCAGAUUCAGCGCCCUGAUCUGGGUGGGGGCCCCCGGCCAGCCCCCCCUGAAGCUCAUCCAGGCGGUGGCAGGCUCCCAACACUGUGCCCAGAUCUUGGUUCUCUGGAGCAGUGAGCAGCCACUCCCAUCCAGGUGGCCAGAGACAGCAGUGCCCUUGACAGUCAUGGACGGGCACAGGAAGGUCAGCGAUCGUUUCUUCCCAUACCGCGCCAUCAACACUGACGCCAUCCUCAGCCUCGAUGCCCGCAGCAGCCUCUCCACAAUGGAGGUGAACUUUGCCUUUGUGGUGUGGCAGAGCUUCCCGGAGCGGAUGGUGGGCUUUCUGACGUGGAGCCACUUCUGGGACGAGGCCCUGGGUGGCUGGGGCUACACUGCUGAGAGGGCCAACGAAUUCUCCAUGGUUCUCACCACAGCCGCCUUCUACCAUAGGUAUUACCACACUCUCUUCACCCACUCCCUACCCAAGGCUUUGAGGACCCUGGCAGAUGAGGCACCCACCUGUGUGGACGUCCUGAUGAACUUCCUAGUAGCGGCAGUCACCAAGCUGCCCCCUAUCAAGGUGCCCUGUGGCAAGCAGCAGCAGGAGGCUGCUCCACUGGCACCUGGAGGCCGGAGAUCCGGGCCAAAGCACCAACCCCCAGUCCCGGACUGCAUCAACCAGAUGGCGGCAGCAUUUGGCCACAUGCCCCUGGUGUCCUCUCGCCUGCGUCUGGACCCGGUGCUGUUCAAGGACCCGGUGUCGGUGCAGCGCAAGAAGUACCGCAGCCUGGAAAAGCCCUAGGAGGGACCCGCGAGAUCCCAGCCGGGCUCCCAGGAGGCGCGGCACCUGCCUGCGGGCUUAGCCCCUCCUUGGGACAUUAGGAAACCAAUCAUGGAAGUCAGCCGGCAAAGACGUCACAGCCCUAUUGGCCAAUCACAGCCACGGCACCAUGAGGGGCGGGGCCUCGUCCUCCUGCCCCGUAGCUCCAGGCACAGCCCUGGUGCCCGCGCUCGCCCCCUGUUGCUAGGCCUCGCCUCGGUGGCCCCCCUUGCCCGGAAGGCUGUUCUUUGCUUCUCUACCCAGCUAACUUCUUUACUCACUCUGUUGCCCAGGCUAGAGUGCUGUGUGGUGUUAGCCUGGCUCACAGCAACCUCAAACUCCUGGGCCCAA